ACCGUACCGGUACCAGUAAACUUAUUAGUUAAUUUUAAUUGGUGCAUAUCUUCAAUUCCAUCCAAACAUCAUUGUGACGUUACCACCUUCAUACUGCAGUACUGCCAUAAAGAUGAAGGAGUUAGAUUUUGCGGAUCAUCUUCUGAAAAAGUUUCAGGACGAUGGAUUUUUAAUAAUGGAGAAUUAUUAUGAUGAUGAACUCUGUGACAAACUAAGACACGAGUGUUCUUUGAUCAUUGAUAAAAUGAAUCCUGAAGAACAUAAAACAGUGUUUGAAACCCAGAAUGACGAAGAGCAUGUAGGUGAUGAUUAUUUUCUGACCAGUGGGGAUAAAAUACGAUUCUUUUGGGAGACUGAAGCUGUGAAUGAUAAAGGAAAUCUGAAUCGACCAAAGCAUAUUGCUUUAAACAAGAUUGGACAUGCUCUUCAUUUUUUGAAUCCCGCUUUCAAAGAUGCAACAUUCACUCCAGAACUCAAAAUUAUUCUUCAGCGACUGGGAUACAUAAGACCAGUAGUUCCCCAAAGUAUGUAUAUAUUCAAGCAACCAAAUAUUGGAGGAGAAGUCACAAAGCAUGUUGAUGCAACUUUUCUUGACAACAAUCCAAGGAAACUGACUGGGUUUUGGAUUGCUUUAGAGGAUACAACACUUGAAAAUGGAUGCCUCUACUUCGCGCCUGGAUCUCAUAAGAAUGUUGAUCUGAAUUUUAAAAUGGUUCGAAAUCCUGAUAAGCGGAAGAGAGGAGUAAUAUUUGAGGGAGAGAUAGAGUACUGUAAUGAUAAUGAGUUCAUGUCUGUCCCUGUUAAAAAGGGUUCUAUGAUUAUCAUAGAUGGAUUGGUUCAACACUACAGCGCAAAGAAUAUUUCAGAUAAAUCUAGGCAUAUAUAUACUUUCCAUGUGGCGGAAAGCUACCAAACUGAGUGGAGUAAAAAAAAUUGGUUACAACCAACAGAUACACCUUUCCCUGUUGUGUAUGAUUGCAGUGCCACAGCACAGAAAGAAAAUGUAUAGCAUUCCAGUGUAUACAGUCUGUGAUUUUCUUAACUUCUUCCUGCCAUGAAUGUCAGUAUUUCUGCAAUUGCCUAAAUGUACAUUUCUAAUCAUUAAUAAGUUGGUUAUAAGGAUGUAAAUUUUAGUUGUUUCCCGUGCUCAACAUUUUCUUUUCAUAUUGAUAAUUUUGCAGUUUACCAUGUAGUUUUGUCUGCCCGUUCAGAUUCGGACUUUUAUUCGGAUUCUCCCUAUUUUUAUAAUGAAUUGUUUUAGUUUUAGUUUACCAUCACAAAUUGAUGUAAAAUAGUCUUAUGCAAUCAUGUUAUUUUGAGGGUUUUAAAACGUAAUGAAUUGCAAUAGAGGUUUA